GGGAAUAUGGAAUGAGGGUAUCUGGAAUUUGGGGUGAGUUAUAUGGGAGUUAUUUCUGACACAGCAGUUGACACCCGUAGCUUCAAAUCUAAUGGUUCUCACGUGUCUCAUCAUCAUGACCAAUUGUCGUAUAAUAUUGUCUCAAAACGUUUAUUAUUUUCUUACACAACCUUAUUUUGCCGCAUAAGACAUUUAUUAAGAAUCCAAACGGCUCUGGUUGACUUUUGUGAUAUAUGGAUGUGCUUUUGAAGCCCAGCAUUUCUGUGGCGAAUAUAAACUUUCAAAGAAAAACUGUUUAAAUGAAGAGUGGAUGUUAUAUUCAUCCUGGAAUGGCAUGAGGCCGGGCUGUUGCAUGUGAAAAGGAUGCAGCUGAUGCUCGACUGAGCUUCCAGCAUCAGGGGCUCUCAGCCAAUCAGACGGCACUCAUGAUAUCUCCCUGCCUGUUAAUUGGCUGCCACUUCCAGGGAGAGCAGCUGAUGUACGCGUGGUGCCUGGACCAUCGUCCAGUGAGCCAGUGGAGGCAGAGAGAAGACAGGGAGAGUCACAUCACUUGCAUCGUCUCAUCACAAAUCCAUCAAGAUGAACAACAGCUCCAACGACAAAGAACGAGAAACCAUAGAGCCACUCCGUUAUCUCAGUAAAACAGAAGUGGCGACCAUCGAGACGGAGCUCCUGAGAGACUAUCGCUUCGGCCAGCAGCAGCUGAUUGAAAUAUGGGGUCACGCCUGCGCCGUCGCCAUUACAAAGGCAUUUCCCUUGAGCUCCUUAAGUAAAAAGCAGCCCACCCUGCUGGUUGUUUGUGGCCCUGAGCAGAACGGCUCCAUCGGUCUGGUGUGUGCCCGCCAUCUGCGCAUAUUUGAAUACGAGCCCACUAUUUUCUAUCCCAAACGUUCACCUCAGAUUUUACACCAGGAUUUCACCGUUCAGUGCGAAAAAAUGGACAUCCCGUUCCUUUCCUAUCUUCCGACAGAGGUCCAACUGUUAAACGAUGCUUACAAUCUUGUGAUCGACGCCAUCUUGGGACCAGAAGCGGACCACAACGACGUAAAAGAGCCAUAUGCUGGGAUGCUGGUGACUUUGAAACAGGUCAAAAUACCCAUUGUUAGUGUGGACAUGCCUUCAGGUUGGGAUGCUGAUGAGCCAGGCAAGGAUGGAAUAACUCCAGAAGUCCUCAUCUCUCUGACGGCACCCAAAAAGUGUGCGACGGGUUUCUCGGGAAAACAUUUUCUGGCCGGACGAUUCCUGCCCUAUGACAUUCAGAAAAAAUACGAACUGAAUCUGCCAGAAUUUCCAGGAACGGAUUGCGUUAUAGAACUGUAGCGGUUUAUAAUAAUGUAUUUUGAAUAAAAAGGAUGUUUUUCCUUCUGUAUUUUA